AUGGCUGGGGCGGACUUCCUCGCGUCACCUCCACGCGCGCUGCGUCAGAUCCAUGGCGAGGACCGGCUGCGGCAGCUCCACACGCGCCGUCUCCUAGCUCUCGCCGCCGCCGUUGGGGAUGAGUCCGCCUCCCUGCACGCUGGGGCCCUCGACGUCGCUGUCGGGGCUCGUGCCGCCGCUGCAGCUCCCCGCCAUCUCCUUCUUCUUGGCCGCGGCGGCGCGGGAGGUUUGGCGGCAGGCAAGAUGUUGGAGGAGCUGCUCAUCUUCACGCGCGGCGGCCUGAUCCGCGGCGGCGGCGGCAAGGGCUCGCCGGUCGACGAGCUCAUCCGCGGACGAGCUCAUCCGCAACUGCCUCCUCGAGGAGCGGACGGCAAGCGCGCGCUCAAGUGGGCGUUCCACAACUGGCUCGGCCUCGUCUUCGUGGCGGUGUACCGGCGCGUGCUCCGCCUCCUCUACGUCGACGACCUCCUCGCGGCCGUCCGCGCCGAGUUCACGCGGGUCUACCACCCCAAGCGCACCUCCUACGACGGCUUCGGCGACGUGUUCCGGCAGCCCCACCUCGAGGCCCAAGCGCGAGCCGAGGAGAUGAGCAGGCCUAAUAAGCAGAAGCCCGUUGAUGCUGCGCCGCCCCGUCGUCCGCGGCCACAACCUGUCGUCCACAAUGCUCCUGGUGAUUCUGAAUCUGACGGCAAUGGUGAUGGUGAUGGGAGCAAGCAGGAUGAUGCCUCCGAUGGCGUCUCCGGGGAGAAGGAGGAGAAGGAAGAUGGCCAGGCCUUUGAUCUGAGUUUUUUUUCGAAUCUGCGAACAAGGUUCACCCACAGUAACAAGAAUAACACUAACACCAACAAGCCGACCAAUAAAGAUGUUAAUAAGAGGAAAACCCCUAGGGAUUGGAACAACAAUGGGCAUUCAGACAAGAAGCUGGAUUUCUCAGACCCUGCCGAUGAGAGCAAGCGGACGGAUAAUGCGCGAGUUAAUCAGGGACAGAGCAAGAUCGAUCUUGCUGAAACGGUUGAAGAUGGCCCAAGAACCAAAGGAUGGUUCUCCUCAGUGUUCCAGAGCAUUGCAGGUGGCAACAGCGUAAUCAAAAGGCCCGAUCUGCAACCCGCGCUCAAGGCUCUCAAGGACAGGCUCAUGACCAAGAACGUGGCGGAGGAGAUCGCCGAGAAACUCUGCGAGUCCGACGCGGCAAGCCUCGAGGGCAAGAAGCAGGGGUCUUUCACGAGCACAGCAUCCACCGUCCAGGCCGCCAUGGAGGCGGCUCUGGUGCGCAUCCUGACCCCAAGCCGGUCCAUCGACGUACUGAGAGACGUGCACGCGGACAAGGACAGUGGGAGGCCGUACGUGAUCGUCUUCGUCGGGGUGAACGGCGUCGGCAAAUCCACCAACCUCGCCAAGGUCGCCUACUGGCUCCUCCAGCACGACCUCACCGUCACACUCGCGGCGUGCGACACCUUCCGGUCCGGCGCCGUCGAGCAGCUGCGCACCCACGCGCGUAGGCUCCAGAUACCCGUCUUCGAGAAGGGGUACCAGAGAGACCCGGCGGUCGUGGCGAAGCAGGCUAUAGAGGAAGCGACGCGGAGCAGGUCAGAUGUCGUCCUGGUCGACACCGCUGGGCGUAUGCAGGACAGCGAGCCGCUCAUGAGGGCGCUCUCCAAGCUCAACAGCCCGGACCUGGUCCUGUUCGUCGGAGAGGCGUUGGUUGGAAACGACGCCGUCGAUCAGCUCACCCAGUUCAACCAGAAGCUCGCGGACCUGUCGGCUGUUCCUGCAAAGAAGAGGUUGAUCGAUGGCAUCCUGCUCAGCAAGUUUGACACUGUUGAUGACAAGGUUGGUGCCGCGCUUUCCAUGGUUUAUGUGUCUGGAGCUCCGGUCAUGUUCGUCGGCUGUGGUCAGUCUUACACUGACCUGAAGAAGCUGAAUGCCAAGUCCAUUGUUAACACCCUCCUCAAGUGA